CGAGAGGGAGGGCGAACCCACCCCAUUCUCGGCCAUAUCAAGGCAUUUGGGGGCCGUAGAAUCAAUCUUGACAUGUUGACAGUAAAGCCGUAUAAUUGUAUAAUCAUGCUGAUCAGUUCAACUGUGUCGAAUCCCGGAGAGGUUCGACAUCCAGUACUUAGUAUCUAUAGUUUAAGUCAUCUGAAUAUUGAAGAACGGCAAAUAACUGUAGAACUACUGUUUUAUUAUUUAUAUUAAAAUGUUAGUUACGUGGUGCGUAAGUUUAAAGUACUCACAAACGUUUUUCAUGAGAUAAUCUGUUCCUAGUUUAUUUCGUAGUAUCUUUAAGAUGAGUACAGUUUUCAUACUAAUCUUAAUUCUGGCUUUACUCCCAUAGCCUCUUCCGUAGGUAGAGUAAAUAUUUCAAACACUGGUUAUUAAUAUACCACUGCUUAAUUUGUAUCCUAACCUUCGUUGAUCCAUACUUUGGUAUCGUAGAUUUUCAGCAACAGACUGAUUAAAGUAGAAUUCCCCCCAGUUCGUCACCCACUGCGUAAAUUGAAAGUGUUUUAAGCACAUAGUUAUAAUUUACCAAGAAUCUUGUUGCUAUUGGUAUGUUUUAGGAAUCUUAACAAGCCGAAAAUAUACGUAGGAGAUUAUACGACCCGGAAAGGCUCUGCAAUUGUUUUCUAAAAUUCCAGAAGAAGAUUUGCCAUUACUCCUCAUGCCUUCUGAUUCUCAAUGGAUGACUCACCCACGAAACCUAAUUGUUCAGAGAGUGCCUGUCUGCCCAAGUGCUAUCAGACCAUCAGUUGUUUCCGAAGUCCGCAGUGGAACUAAUGAAGAUGAUCUUACUCAAAUGUAUCAAUGGAUAUUAGCUCAGGCAGCAACAAUUGAAGAAGAUAUCGGGGAGGCGGAUCAAAUCGCGUGCCUAGAUAACUUACACGCUGAAUUUGCACGGCUAAUUAAUUCACAACAAUCCGGUUUGCCUCCUGUUCAAGAUCAUAAGUUUAUGCGUGGUUUACUUCAAAGGCUAGCUGGUAAACAUGGUCGAUUUCGUGGUAGCCUAUUGGGUAAACGAACGAAUUUUACCGCCAGAACUGUUAUUUCACCAGAUCCAAAUAUGCGAAUUGAUGAGGUAUGUAUUCCAGUUCAUUGUGCAAAAUUGCUAACAUAUCCUGAACGUGUGACUGAUUUCAAUCUGAAUUUUCUCCGAUCUCUUGUACUAAAUGGACCAAAUAACUAUCCUGGAGCUAUGUUUGUUAGUUAUAAACUACGUGGUGAGAGGAAACGUCAAGCCGAAGCAUCUGGUACUUCUGAUGUAGUAAAACGUUUCUUGGCAUCUGAACGUGCACGUGAAGACGUGGCAAAAUAUUUACAAUCAGGUGAUAUAGUUGAAAGACACUUAUUGGAUGAUGAUAUUGUACUAUUUAACCGUCAACCCUCACUACAUCGUGUAUCUAUUCAAGCAUUCAGAGCGGUUGUAAAACCUUUUCGAACUUUUCGUUUCAAUCCAUGCUGUUGUACACCAUUCAAUGCAGAUUUCGAUGGGGAUGAAAUGAAUAUACAUCUUCCACAAACUGAAGCAGCUCGUGCAGAAGCAAAACAUCUUAUGCUGUCUCUCAAGAAUAUUGUUAGCCCUAAAAAUGGUGAGCCAUUAAUUUCACCAAUUCAAGACCUAAUCACUGCAACACAUUUGUUGACCUUGAAAGACGUUUUCCUUAAUCGCGAUCAGGCUUGUACUUUAGCCUCUCAACUAUUAGCUGGUAACCAUUUGGGUCGACUUUUAAGUUUACCGAAACCGGCUAUAUUAUGGCCUGUUGCUCUAUGGACUGGUAAACAGAUAUUUGGUCUCAUUCUUUCACCGCAUCCAUCCACUGGAAUUAAGGUUAACCUUCGGGUACCAACAAAGUCUAUGUAUUCAUCGAAAGGUUCAGAAAUGUGUCCAAAUGAUGGUUUUGUUCUAAUUCAAAAUAGUGAGCUCCUUGCGGGAUGUGUAGAUAAAAAGUUACUUGGGGGUGGAAGCAAGUCAAGUAUAUUCUACACAUUACUUCGAGAUUAUGGUAGAGAAGCUUGUGCGGACGCUAUGUGGCGUUUAGGAAGAAUUGCUUUGUUUUUCCUGGCACAUCGAGGUUUUUCGAUCGGACUUGGUGAAGUAAUGCCCAGCUCAGAUCUUGUUGCAUCUAAAACAGCAUUGAUUAGUCGUGGAUUUGCCACCUGUGAUGAUUAUAUCAGUCAAUAUCAGAUGAAUACACUAGUCUGUAAUCCAGGAUGUAGUAUGGAGGAUACGCUUGAAUCUAAUAUAAGUCAAGAGUUGUCGAAAAUUCGUGAUGAAGCAGGAGCAGCUUGUAAACGUCAGCUUCACCCAUCGAACUCACCACUUGUCAUGGCUCAGUCAGGGUCAAAAGGUUCAUUUCUCAACAUAUCUCAAAUGAUUGCUUGUGUUGGCCAACAAGUAAUUGGUGGAAAACGUGUUCCAGAUGUCAUUAAUGGACGCAGUCUAGUUCAUUUCCCUCCAGGUUCACGAACACCUGAAGCAAAAGGUUUUGUUGGAAAUAGCUUUUAUUCAGGUCUUUCACCAUCUGAAUUCUUUUUCCAUGCUAUGAGUGGUCGUGAAGGAUUGACUGAUACUGCUGUAAAAACUGCAGAUACAGGUUAUAUGCAACGAAGACUGGUCAAGUUUCUUGAAGAUUUGGCGGUGGCUUACGAUGAUACUGUACGUGAUAGUCGGGGCGAUAUAAUUCAAUUCCGUUACGGUUCUGAUGGCCUGGAUCCUUUAGAAAUGGAGACAGAUACAUUUCCUGUGAAUUUUAUCAAAGAAAUGGAACAUAUAAGAACUAGUUAUGAUUGCCCUCAUGAAGUUGGAAUGUCUGCUGAAGAGUUAGAACUAGCAGUAGAGGUUGUCUUUCAACUUGAUGCAUUUCGACAUUUAGAUAGUCGCUUAUGCUCAGCAAUCAAAGAAUUUAUACACAAUUCAGUUUGUCCGAAAAUUCGUAAAUGGCAAGAAUGGUGUGCAGAAAAUGCAAAUGGGUCAAAUUUAAUCAAUCAAAAUGAACGUCUGACUAGAACACAACUACGCAUAUUUUUGACACAUGUUAAAGAGAAAUAUGAGAAAGCUUUAAUUGAACCAGGUACUGCUGUUGGUGCAUUAUGUGGUCAAUCUGUUGGUGAACCAGCUACGCAGAUGACAUUAAAAACAUUUCACUUUGCUGGUGUAGCCAGUAUGAAUAUUACACAAGGUGUCCCACGUAUGCGUGAAAUUGUUAAUGCAGCAGCCAAAAUUAAAACACCAUUGAUUUGUGUUACUUUAACUGAUCCAUUCUCAGCAUCACUAGCGCGUGAAGUUAAAUUGUCUAUUGAACCAACACGACUAGCAGAUAUAUCAUUAUCAUUAAGUCAGUGUUUAACACCAGAAUAUGUAUAUGUUGCUAUUAAAUUAGAUAAAAAAGAAUGGAUAGACUUAAAGAAGACCAAAAUAUCGCGUGUAACUUAUGCAAAAGAUUAUAUAUUUGUAUAUCCAGUGGAUUUGAAUGCAUUGGAAACAGUUGUCAAAUUAGUUGAAGAUGUUAUUGUUAAAGGCAUACCUGGUGUAUCUCGUGUUGUAAUUCAACAGGAUAAAGGUGAACAUAGAAUUUUUGUUGAAGGAGCUCGAUUGCGUGAGGUAAUGUGUAUACCGGGCGUCGUAGCUGAACGUACACAAAGUAAUAAUAUUUUAGAAGUGGAACAAGUGUUGGGUGUGGAAGCAGCUCGACGUGUUGUUAUUGAUGAAUUACUAGCCGUUAUGGAAGGUCACGGUGUCGAAGUUAAUGUGCGUCAUGUAAUGCUGUUAGCUGAUGUUAUGACUAAUAGGGGUGAAGUAUGCGGUUAUCAGCGAACUGGAAUGGCGAAAGCGAAAAAUAGUGUACUUUGUUUAGCUUCUUUUGAACGAACUGGUGAUCAUUUGUUUGAAGCUGCCUAUCAUUGUCAAGAUGAUCAAUUGACUGCCCUACCGAGACUGUAUGUGUGAUGGGAUAGAGACUUAUUCAGGAAACUCAUCUGUUGGUAAAUUGAGUCCACCAGUUGGUGAAUCCCCCACUAGGACGAAACAGAUCUGAGCGUUCUCGUUUUGUUUCUUUCAUUGGUUCUCUGGGUGGUUUUACGUCCUAGUGCGGAUUGUGUUUAAAAUUCUCUCAUUCAAAUCUUUCUAUUUUGUCGUUAUUGAUUCCAACUACUGUUGCAUUCAGUUUUCAUUCCAAGUUGAAAAAAAUCACUAAUUAACAAAAGUAUUAUUUUUGAUUUCUCUUAUAGAACCCUUUAUUAUUAAUAAUUCAAAACAUAAUGAUACAAUAAUUAAUUUUGAUUUG